AUGAAACCCGCUGCUUCCCUGUCUCUGGGAAGAAAACUGCCCUCGGCAGGAUCUCUGCUACUAGGUAUCCUGGUGGGACUGUUAGUGGCUUCUUUCUUACGCGGUGGUGAAACCAACACCGAAUCAUGGAAGGGCUCCAAGUCGCUCCGCACCAACCCCAUAUCUGCCUCCUCCCGCCUGCAGCGCUCCCAGAUCACGCUUCCCUCCAACGAGCAGCGUCUCCACAUCCUCCAGCUCAUUUCCACCCUCUCCGCCCACCACACCAAGGAAUGUCUCCGGAACCCUCAGCCUCUCUAUGUUGAGCAGGUCAAGGAACGGUAUGAGCCUCUGAUUGGGUACAAGAAGAGCUGGAGCAGAGGAAAGGGCAUUUUGGGUCGGCUCUUUGGGCUUGGGGGAGGGGGUAAGGACGCGGCGCAAGUGAGAGGAGGUGUGGGAGGCAAGGACAAGAUGAAGGAUAUCAAGCGGGAUCUUCAAGCCGCGCAACAUCAGUACUUUUUCGCCAUCAACCUGUACAACUCUUUCGACGUUAUUCCCGACAUCUUCUCGACCCUUUUCAGAGUCGCUGCCAUCUUGGGCUACCACAACGUAUUCGUUUCCAUUUACGAAAACGGUUCAAACGACCAGACCAAGGCUUUGCUCAAGAUCUUUGAUGCCCUCGCUCAGACUGUCGGUUUGAGGAUCAUCAUCCGAACUUCUAUGCGAACGCGAGGUCUCUUCAACCAUCGUAUCGAGUACCUUGCCGAAGUGCGAAACGCUGCCAUGUUGCCUUUGCACGAGCUGCGAGACAAGGAGGGCAUCGUUUUCGACUCUGUCGUUUUCAUGAACGAUAUCUUGCCUUGUGUGGACGACUUGCUUGAGUUGAUCUGGCAGAGUAGGAGGCAGAAUGCGGGUAUCACCUGUGCUGCGGACUACAUGUACCACGACGAUAUUGGAGCUCCCGUCUUUUAUGAUAACUGGGUUGCCCGAGACAUCAACGGUACCGCCCUCGAGAACGCUCCUUUCGAGCAGAUCUUCCACCACACCGAGUCCAAUCACCGAUUCCAGCGACACCUCCCCAUCCAAGUGCAAUCUUGCUGGAACGGUAUCGCUGUCUUGGACCCCGCUCCCUUCUACGAGCCUCCCCAUGCUAGGUUCAGGAUGGCCAAUUUGGCCCAGGGUGAAUGCUCUGCUAGUGAAUGUUCUCUCAUUUGCAACGACUACUUUAACGCCGGUUACGGUCGAAUCAUCAUGGUCCCCCGCGUCAAGCUCGCCUACGACCAAAAGGUCUACGAUAUUAUUCACCCCGAACGCCGCAAUUUGACCGCUAUUCGAGGCUACAAGCGUAUCGGAGGUCUGCCCGAUGACCCUCACACUGAUCCUCAGGACAGGAGUUGGUACGGUCCGCACGACAGGCUUUUCACGCCUGAAGAGGAUGAAGAGCUGGCUUUCAUUCCUGGACCUGAGCGAGUCUGGUGCUGGGGUUGGGAUGGUGCGGGUGAUCUUGAUGGACCCGAUGUCGAUCCCAUCUGGGAACAGAUGCAGCCCAGGUCAUACUCUCAAGAAGCCAUCGAAGUCAAGCAUUUCAGAAAUUUGCCAAACUACCCGGCGUACUGA